GUGCUCUGCCGGUACCAGCACAUCUGGAAUAUUGAUCUGCGCUUUCGUCCAGCUUUCCUUGGUGGCAUAAUGCAAGCAACUGGUAACAAGCCCCCAGCACUUUUGCCAAAGCGUGCAGAAUACAUGCUGAAGGAUAUAAAAAGGAUGGCAAAAUACUACCAAGUCCCUGUACAGAUUUCAGAAGAUGACUUCCAACGUAUCCUUGGUACAAGCAGUCUUGGGGCCAUGCGUUUUAUCACAGCCAUUGAUAUGACACAACCACGAUACUUGGAACCCUUAUCUAGGGAGUUCUGGAUACGUUUUUGGUCACAGCAUGAAGAUAUCAGUCAGCCGGAGAAUAUGUUGGCCGUUGCCAGACAGGCUGGGCUAUCAUCAGAGAUUGCCCAGAAACUACUUGAAAUAAUUUCAUCCCCUGCAGUGAAGAACCGACUGAAAGAGACAACAGAGGAAGCAAUGAAAUAUGGGGCAUUUGGGAUGCCUGCUGUUGUGGCACAUUUUAAAGGGGAACCUCAUCUCUUUUUUGGCUCUGAUCGUUUAGAGCUGCUAGGCAGCGUUAUAGGUGAAAAAUGGCUGGGACCAGUUCCAUCAGUUCCAAGCUCCAAGAUGUGA